AUGACGCACUGCUUCUGGAAGGCCACCUGUCCCCCGUCAUGUGCCAGCCCCCUGCUGGUCUUUGUCAACUCCAAAAGCGGAGACAACCAGGGGGUGAAGUUCCUCCGGCGCUUCAAGCAGCUGCUCAACCCGGCCCAAGUCUUCGACCUGGUCAACGGGGGGCCGCACCUCGGUCUGCGGCUGUUUCAGAAGUUCGACAACUUCCGCAUCCUGGUGUGUGGCGGCGACGGCAGCGUGGGCUGGGUCCUCUCCGAGAUCGACAAGCUCAGUCUCCACAAACAGUGCCAGCUGGGCGUGUUGCCCUUGGGGACGGGCAACGACCUGGCCCGGGUGCUCGGCUGGGGCCCGUCGUGCGACGACGACACCCAGCUGCCCCAGAUCCUGGAGAAGCUGGAGAGGGCCAGCACCAAGAUGCUGGACCGCUGGAGCAUCAUGACCUACGAGAUCAAGAUCCCGCCCAAACUCAGCUGCCCCACCACGCCCGAGGGCACCGAGGACUGCCAGUUCCACAUUUCAGCCUACGAAGACUCGGUGGCCGCUCACCUCACAAAGAUCCUCAACUCGGAGCAGAACUCGGUGGUCAUCUCCUCGGCCAAGAUCCUCUGUGAAACAGUGAAGGAUUUUGUCUCCAAAGUGGGGAAAAGCUACGAAAAAAGUACAGACAACAGUGACGAGUGCGACACCAUGUCUCUCAAAUGCGCCAUCCUCAACGAGAAGCUGGACUCCCUCCUCCAGACGCUGAACUCGGAGAGCCAGGCUCUGCCUGCCCUCGCCCUCUCCACCCCUCCCAUCGUGGAGGAGGAGGACGAGGAGGACGAGGAGGACGAGGAGGAAGCCAGCGAGGAGAGCCUGACGGAGCUGAAGGAGAAGAUGGAGGAGGAGGAGACGGAGAAAGGAUGUGGAGGGGCCCCGCACCAGCUGUUCAAAAGCAGGGAGCAGAUGAUGCUGCGGGCCAACAGUCUGAAGAAGGCCCUGCGGCAGAUCAUAGAACAGACCGAGAGAGUGGUGGACGAGCAGAACGCCCACCCGGGCGAGGACGGCGAGCUGACGUCUCCGCUGGAGUUCAGGAAGGACAGCGAGGAGGAGAACAGAGACAGCGAGAAGGACGAGGACACCAAGGAGCUGGAAGCGGUGACGUCCGCCAGGAGCCCCUGCUCGCCCACGGAGAGGAGAGUGAGCCGCAGCACGCAGUCCUACAGCUCCUUCACCAUCACGCCCUUCACCACCAGCAAGGAGAACCUCCCCGUGCUCAACACACGCAUCAUCUGCCCCGGCUUGCGGGCCGGUCUAGCUGCCUCCAUCGCUGGCAGCUCCAUCAUUAGCAAGAUGCUGCUGGCUAACAUCGACCCCUUCGGCGCCACGCCGUUCAUCGACCCCGACCUCGACUCGCUAGAGGGCUACAUGGAGAAGUGUGUGAUGAACAACUACUUUGGCAUCGGCUUGGACGCCAAGAUCUCCCUGGAGUUCAACAACAAGCGGGAGGAGCAUCCAGAGAAAUGCAGGAGUCGUACCAAGAACAUGAUGUGGUACGGCGUCCUGGGCACAAAGGAGCUCCUGCAGAGGACGUACAAGAACCUGGAGCAGAAGGUCCAGCUCGAGUGUGACGGCCAGUACAUCCCUCUGCCCAGCCUUCAGGGGAUCGCAGUGCUGAACAUUCCGAGCUACGCAGGCGGGACCAACUUCUGGGGCGGCACCAAGGAAGACGAUAUCUUCUGUGCCCCGUCGUUCGACGACAAGAUCCUGGAAGUCGUGGCCGUCUUCGGGAGCAUGCAGAUGGCCGUGUCCAGGGUCAUCAAGCUGCAACAUCACCGCAUCGCGCAGUGCCGAACAGUGAAGAUCACCAUCCUGGGCGAUGAGGGGGUUCCCAUUCAGGUGGACGGGGAGGCGUGGAUCCAACCGCCCGGAGUCAUCAAGAUCCAGCACAAGAACCGGGCUCAGAUGCUCACCAGAGACCGGGCGUUUGAGAACACGUUGAAGUCAUGGGAGGACAAGCUGAAGUACGACAAGCCCCCUCUGCGGCCUCACCUCUACCCGCAGCAGUCGGUGGAUCUGGCGACGGAGGAGGAGGCCGCCAUGGUGCAGCUGUGCGCCCGAGCUGCAGAGGAGCUCAUUACGAGGAUCUGCGAGGCGGCCAAGACCAACGGGCUCCUGGAGCAGGAGCUGGCUCACGCUGUCAACGCUUCGUCGCACGCCAUCAACAAAACUCACCCCAAGUUCCCGGAGAGUCUGACCAGGAACACCGCCAUCGAGGUGGCCAGCACCGUCAAGGCUCUGUACUACGAGACAGAGUCCCUGCUGCUGGGCCGGGUCUCUCUGCAACUGGACCCCCCAGAGGAGGAUCAGCUGUCCGGUGCUCUGCAGAGCUUGGAGCUGGAGCUGGCCAAACUGGGAGAGGUGGCCUGGCUCUACCACAUCCUGCAGCCCAAUGACGAGGAGGACCUCUCUCUGGGUUACGGCAAGAGGAACAGUCGCAGCAGCAUGUUUCGCAUAGUGCCCAAGUUCAAGAAGGAGAAGGCCGCCAAGAAGACCAGCCCUCAGUCAGGAUCUGGGGAUAUCGAAAGUGGGUCAUAUGAAGAGAAUUCUCCAGGGAACUAAAGACCUGGCCAAGGCCUCCAUGGUUGACCUUUAACCCCCGGAGCGGACGCAAACCCGGAGAGGGGAAACCCACUUUCCCCUCACAUCAGUGGGAGAGUUUUGGCCGCAGCGACGGCAGCGAAGCUGAAGAUACCUGUUGGGGGAGAGUUUUCAUCCCUCCGCAGAGAGAGGGCUCCUCUGUGAUUGGUUGUUGACAAGAUGACGUCGGUGUGUUCGUUCGUGCUUUGGUGCCAAAAUGACAGUUCGAGAAAGCGGAUUGAAACGCAAAAAGGACCUCAAGGAUCUCCCCACAAAAAAAACACACACACGCACACACACACACACACAGAAAAGAAAAGCCAUUUCUAGGUUAAUAACCAUUCAUAGCGCACAUUGCACAAUCAGGUAUGCAACUAACCAUCCGGUUGACUUGUUUGAGAUGUGCUUGAAAGCCAGUAGCAAAACCAGGACUUCCACGAGCUUCGGGGCGGGCGGAUGCAUCAAAGCGGCCUUCGGGCAGAAGAUGGAGGCGUGACGUCGCAGCCUGGAAGGCGUCUGAGAACAGUGGGAUACUGUCGCAUGCUAUGCUUGCUCGUCUUUAGAAAUGUUUAGUUGCAUGAUAAGUGUCUUGGGGUUUUUUAGUUGUUGUUUUUUUUUUUUUUUUGUUUUUUCGUGUGCAAAAUAACACUUGAACAAGUUUUACAUGACUUUAAGUAUUACGAUGCCAUUUGUUACUACUGAAAGCAUCCUUUUUGGUCUAAAUCCAGCUUUUUUUCUGCCUUUAAUUUAUUUUGUUUGCAUGAUAAUGAUGUGUCAAAGAUUUGCGUCAAGUGCCAUAUUUUGAGUAAUUUACCGUAAAAUGUGCUUUAUUGGUAGAAGUCAUGAGAAUUUUUUUUAUUUUUUGUUCCUUUUCUUUUGAAGCAGUUGAUGAGGUAUGAAUAUUUUUAAUCAACACGUUCUCUGUGGAGGUGGAAUCAGUACCAAAGUGAAUGUUCAGGUCGCACCUCUCAAAUUGAAAAGGCCCCCCCCCGGGUCUCGGGGGGGUGACCUCCGUGGGAGGAUCCGAAGCCGACCACGCCGGCUGUAGGGUCGCUGAUGUAAAACUUAAAAAAAAAAAAAAGGCACUUUCUACUUCUUGCUUCAUGCAAGUGCAAGUACUCAUAUCAUUACAUAGAAGUAACGGUUCACCUCGACCUUUUAACCUUUGGCGACUUAGCACAGUAUUUAAGGCUAAUGAGAACAGCAGCCAGAUUCCGGGUCUGAAUGCGUAGUGGAGCGGUCGAUCUGCUUUUUUGUUGUUGUUUUCUUCAGAUUAAAAGUGAGACGUCGAUAGAGCACUACUUUGACUUGUUAGUUUAAGGCUGGUGGCAUUACAGGGUAUAUUUCUAUGUGUGAUGCUAAGUUUGUAUAUACAUAUAUGCACUGUAUAUAUACCGGUGUAUGCAAACCAUGUUUGUAAAGUGUUGUAGUCUAACGCGUUUGUAGAUGGCUGACAUGGCAUGCGUUGUCGACAGCUUACACAUUUGAUUGUGUAUAUUACACCAAUUGUGUUGUGUAGAUUUUUGUCCUAAUCUCUUGUACAUGAUAAUGCUGUUGUAUUCUAAUGAUGGUGCAAUAUUUUAUCUCUUGUUUUGAUACCGUCUUUGCAGACAUGAUGUUUAUAGUCCUGGGGUUGGGCAAACAAGAAAGACGCUGAGAGAGGGUUUUUUUUGUACACGUACUUGGAACAGUUAGGCCCCGUAGACAGGAGCGCUCUUUCUAAAGGACUCCACAUUUCUUCCAGCGGUUCACUUGUUUGUAGUUUUGCUCCUCUGUGCUUCCAAGACGAUGCAGUAAAGUAGGAUUUUGUCAGCGAAUGAGUAGAAUGGGCAGACAUGACUGUUGCGUUUACACAUAAUAUGUAUCACUUAUGUGUUUGUGCGCGUUGUCUACUACAAGAGUGGCAUAUCGUACCUUUAUCAGCAAUUGUAUCCUUACUAUUGCCAACUCAUUUCUUCCCGUCACUACGAGUCUGAUCAUUCCUCGCCUGUGGAGAAUAAUGUGUUGCUUGUAUGUUUUAUUUCUGCCUUUUCACUUUUAAGUGAAACUUAACUUUUAAUUAUUUUGAAACGUUUUUAAUUUACUGAAUAUCGAGUGCAACAUUUUAACAUGUGCACGCAUUUUCAUCAGUCGUCAUUCAGCGAGGAAUCCUAAAUAAUAACAGAACGAUAGAGUGGAUCUUUGUUUGAUGACUCUAAUGUCGCACCAGAGGGUGUGACAUCGGCCCUCUCCCCGCCCCCUCACUCGAGCUGUCCCAGUGCACUGUGGGACUCAAGCUGUCCCAGUGCAUUGUGGGACCCACGUUGUCCCAGUGCAUUGUGGGACUCAAGCUGUCCCAGUGCAUUGUGGGACCCACGUUGUCACACUGCCCCGUUGCUGAUGCCGACAAUCACGCGUGUCAGACAGCCGCCGCGUUCAGCGUGACGCGGCGCCGCUCAUUGGUUGCACAAAUCAAUAAGCCUAUCAAUCAAUUUUUGUGUAGUACUAAUCAUUAUAAAUGAAGGGUAGUUAAUUAAACUGUAGUUAACAGUUAUUUUACUGUUAACUAACAAUGAAAUGAUGUAUUAAUAAUAUAUACCAAUUAUUGGUUGUGCAACAAUUUGUUUGGUUUUAUCGUUACUUUGUGUAUUAAGAAAUCAUUUAUAUUGUAUGAUAGAUAAGAGAUGAUAAGUAUACAAUUGAUAGUUUAUCAAUGGACACAUUGUAGGUGGCGCAUUAAGUAUUUCUUAAUAUCAUAUUAUCAAAUAUUUGUCAAUCAUCGAUAAUAGAUGGACCCAAAAGACAUUAAUGAAAAUGGACAGUAUUAACUAUCUGUCUACAUAAUGUUGAAAGAUGCUUUACAAUUUAUUUAUCAACUAUUAACAAAAGUAUUCUAAUGAUCAGUCAUUUAAACAAAGACAUUUUACCAUUGUAACAAUUAAAUAACAUAAAUUAUUUCAUUAUUAAUAAUAAGUCAACAUGAUCAAUUACCAUUUCAUUAUUUGUUAAUAGUAAAAUAACUAAAGUAAAAUUAACUACUAUUUGUUAUUUAUAAUAUUAUUAUUAUUAUUAUUAUUGAGUGUGACCCGGCCUGUUUUUUUUCAGUGACAAGAUCAGAAACAUUUUCAUCCGUUUGAUGACUGUUGGACUUUUGCCAGCCAGAACCUCUGGGUUUAGAUCCAUCGCAAGUUGAAGCCUUUGUAAGAAUACGUGCUUUAAAAGGAGCCGCAGAGUUACAACUGGUUCCUGCUCACCGCGUGGGUUUUCUGCCACUCGUCUCCUGGCUCCUCUUGAGACUCCAGCGUUGGGGGGGGGGGGGGGGGGCCAGACUCCGGGCCCCAGAACGCUCCACCUGUCCGCACAGAGUGGAAGUAAGCCACCGUUCUCCCUCGCUCUGUCUUUCAGUGAUCUGUAAAUAAUGCUGCAAAACUGCCUGGUUUCCAACAAAAAAAACAACGAAA